AUGUCGUUUGAAGGACUUAGCAUUGCCGUUACGGGCGGCGCUGGCUUUAUCGGGUCGAGUCUGGUGACCCAGCUCCUCGCACUCCACGCCACUCACGUCAUGAUCAUUGACUGCUUGACGCCGGACUACGACGUUGCGAUCAAGCGAGCCCGCAUUGAAUAUGCGUUGACGGACGAGCGAUGCUCGUUUGAACAAGUCAACAUCUGCGACCGCGCCCGCCUGCUGGAUGUGUUUCGGACCCAUCAACCGGUGGUGGUGUAUCACUUGGCCGCCCAAGCCGGCGUGCGUCGCUGCGAAUUGUCGCCAGCCUUGACAUGCGCCACCAACGUGGAAGGGACCGCGUCUGUGUUGCAUACGUGCAGUGCCACUCCGUCUGUGAAGUACGUCGUGUUUGCCAGCAGCAGCUCCGUCUACGGCAACCAGCCCACCCCUUGGAACGAGUUGACGACCCCCAUGGACCCCCAGAGUUUGUACGCGCGGACCAAAGUGAUGGGCGAGCAGUUGUGCCAACAAUUUGGGGCCAAGCAUGAAGGAAACAAGUCGGUUUGCAUCUUGCGGCCAUUUUCUGUAUAUGGGCCCCAAGGUCGCCCUGACAUGGCGAUCGCCAAGUUUGUGCGAGCGCUGCGCCACCGCCAACCUAUCACGUUGAUCGGAAAUACCCAACGAGAUUGCACUUUUAUCGAUGACGUUGUCCAAGCGUUUGUAUUGUCUGCGCUAGUCCAGCGACCGCAUCAGGAACGAUACAAACAGCAGCAUCAACUUGUAUCUGCGACUGGGGAAAGCAACAUAAAUCAAACCCCACUGACUCGUACGUUCAAUGUGGGCACAGGUCAUACCACGAGUAUGGAGGAUGUGCUGCAGCAAAUUCAACGUGCGAUGCGGCAGGUCCCUGUGGAGGUAUUGCACGCCCCCGCUAACCCCGUCGAUGCCAUAGUCACGAGGGCAGAUUCGGUCGCAGCGUCGAACGAGCUCGGGUUUCGUGCAUCAGUGCAUCUGUCGGAGGGCAUCGUCAAAACUGUGGCGAGUGAACUGCAUGACCCGCCGAUGCACAUUGCGGUGGUGGUGGCGACGACCGACGGGGGGCGCUUCGACUUGCUGACCAAGCGCUGCCUGCCUAGCAUUUGGAACCAAACGCGCCCCCCAGACUCGAUCGUCAUCGUGGCCGACACUUCUUGUGAAGAUGGGUUCACCAACGACCUCCAUGCGUUUCUAAGAAACUCCCCUGGAAACGUGAUGUUGCUCUUCAACCAUCGCACGCUAGGUGCAUCGGGUGCGUGGAACACUGGCAUUUUGCACGUGUUGUCCGCCAUCCCCCCAGGGGGGGACAUGAGUCGCAUGUACAUUGCCAUUUGCGAUGACGACGACAUGUGGUCAUGUGACCACUUGGCUCUCAUGGAUCGCCAUCGCUCGGACGUUGUGGUGGGGGGACUCAUUCGCUACGAAUCAGACGAGGGGGAAGGAAAACCCUUGUCAAUUCCUCGGUUGCCGUUGUCGUCGAACGCGUUCUUGAGCGGCAACCCCCACCUCCAAGGCUCCAAUUUGUACGUACGACUUUUGGUUCUGCUUCAAGCUGGUCUGUUCGACGAGGGGCUGAACGCAUGCACGGACCGCGACUUGAUGGUACGAGUGUUGGACUUGCCUGGGGUAUCUGUGGAGUGUGUGGCCAACGGAGCCCACUCCGUGCAUCACUUUGCCGAUGCCUCGCGGGUCCGCUUGACCACUUGUGGCCACCGCAAACAGCUAGCGUUGACUGUGUUUUGGCGAAAACAUGCGCAUCGCAUGACCAAAACUGUCCAAGGUGAUUUCAUGUGUCGAGCGGUCAUGCUUUUUGGCUGGUCGCCCCCAUCGCCACAAGUCACCCCUAACGAAUCGACUACAACAAGUGUGCCCACACCACUUAUUUCCCCAUCCUGCGACGGCCGACUAUCACAAAAGUACGCGCUGAUUGUGGGCAUUACCAGUGACAGCGGAUCGUCGGCCGUCCGAGGCUUGCUGGAGGACUUGGUUGCCCUCUCAUGUGCGUCACUAGUCAGCACCGAUGUUGUUAUCCUGGAAAACGGACCCAAAGCUUCGACUUUGCAGGCCACCAUCACAACCUUCCAAGAAUCACAUGUUUUGCGUUGUCUGUUUGUGCCGUUGGAUCAGCAGCGACAGGAUAUGGUGAGUGGCCUGUUGCCGCCAAAUCAAACGUUUGACGUUCGAGCAUCCAUUGCCGAAACAAGAACGCGGGUGCAACUGUACACGAGUAUUUUUGCCCACCAACUAGCUCCGCAAUUGGGGUCGGCAGAUUGCAUUGUCAAGCCAGUCGUGUGGAUCCUCGACGACGACAAGCGCCUGCCGCCCACGUUUCCGCUCCAAGCAGUCCUUCAAGCCCAUGAAUCAGACCCUACGAUUGCGGUCGUAUUGGGCGUCGAUGCCCAAUGCCCCCCGUUGCCCCCUGCAUUUUGUGUGCGCACCCAACUGGUGGAUAUGCUAUCGCACUUGCAGUUGUGCCUUCAUACCCCACCUAGCGACCCCCUUGGGCCCCCCCAACCACCUGGUGCAACAUCGCUUUCUGAAAAAGUGCAGGGCGAUUACUAUCACGACUUGGCAGGGUAUAAGACAUUGGAAACACCCAUGUGGAUGAAUACGAUGUCGACAUCCCUCGCGCAUUUUACGACGUUGGGGGAGUGUAUGAACCAAAUAUUGAAGGGCUCGCUGGUCACCCGACCCCUUGCUUCGGACGACGAUGUUCCCCCAACCCCGACGUUGACGUUGACGCCGUCGAUUCAUCGUGGGGGGUGUACGUUUGUGUUUGAUUUGGAGUGUAUGCUGGAUGCCAACACGGCGCCUCCCUGUCAUCGUCGGUCCGACAUGGUGUGGAGUUUGCUUCAGCGCGAUGUCCACCACAAGCGUGUGGUGCAAUGUCGACAAGUGUGUGUGAACCACAUUCGGCAGUCGAUGCCGUCGAAAACCGACUUAAUCGAUGUCGCGAUGAAGGAUGUCGCGGGACAUGCACUCUACCAAGCGUUGCAAACGGUGUUAGGCGACCCUGACAUGACAGAGACGCCCUCAUGGGUGGAGUUGUGGCCUCGGUUUUGGGAGCAGUACUGUGUCACAUACAACCGCCGACGAACCGAGUUGCGAGCCAGCGUCGAGCGCAUUCGAGGCUUGGUGUACACGAUCAAGUCGCUGCUGCGUUGUCAAAGUGCCUGGUGGAACUCGUCAAACAACUCGUCCGACAAUGAUGUCAUUGAAGGGGCCAAGGCUACCCUGUGGACAGCGUUGGAGUCGCUGACCCAUCGAUUUGAUUCAGCAUGGGAAGAACCCCUGUCUGUCGACGUAACGAACGACAACACGAUGCGCGAACUCCACAUGUGGUUCACUGCCGUACUGCCACGUCACCGGCAUGACGAUUGGACAAGGGCGCAACUGACAUUGUUCCAUAACAGCGUAUACGAGCCACACCGCAUUGAAUCAGCUCGUGCGUGUGUGUCGAUCCUAUAUCAAGUGCCCCCCGAGUCGUUGGAGUUGCUCGGUGUCGGGUACGAAGGGGUCACGUUUCACAAUGGCAAGUCGAUGGAUGGGCAACGUGGCUGCUGCUGCUUUAAGUACAUGGAUUUGGCUGCGCUUCGGUUUCCAAACCACGUGUGGGAUUCGCUCGUGGCUUUGUUGACAGAACCGACCAAGUCAAUGCUAGGGCUGCGAUGUGUGCGACGACGGGGAUAUCAUGUAUGCCUUGAAAGGGACUAUGUGGAUGGCACCGAGCUGAAUCUGAACUCAAAGCGUGAGUGUGCCCCCGAGGCCCCCCUGUCAUUUUUGGCGUGGUGUCGAAAGGCCAAUAUCACCUGUAGAAACGUCAAACCGCAAAACUUGGUUGUAUCUCGAGAAACGGGGCAGCUGACGUUGGUCGAUAUCGGCAUGGACACUGUCGUGCCGUGGACAAGCGAAGGCGAAGGGCACAUGAUGCGUAAAAUGUACCUGUCGUGGGCCUGGCUCCAUCGACAUGACUUGGCCGCUCUCUUGUCGGCGUCCCAUCAUAGCCCCAAGAUGCCAGAGCUCCAGGCCGGAUUCAAUCGGUUUCAAUUGGCGUACAACCACAUGUUGACCCCACAAGCGUGUGUUGAUGAUGCCGUCGCGUUGGUGGCACAGCUUGUUCCACCAGGGGGUGGCUCGCUGCUCAAUGUGACGAUAGACUGGACGUUGCAUGCGCGGGUGCAAGCGAUACUCCCGCACGCGCAAGGCGCAAAACUGGUCGUCCAUCCUUUGGUCCAAGUGGGCAAGACGGAGCUCACUUUACACAACCCAUUCGAUACGAUCACCUGUAUCUGCGUUGUGUGUGCAGUGGACGACCUCACAAUGCAUCGAGUUCUGUUGGAGCUCCGAGCCAAGGUGGCUCCCCAUGGUGUGGUGGUGCUUGCAAUGUGCAAUCCGUUUUUUGUUGCAGCAAAUCCCAGCCCCCACGGUCUGUCGGAUCGGUUUCAUCGCUGUUUUGGUCGUCGCAACGACGACGUCGUCAUGCCACGACCGUGGCAUGUAUUUGAGCAUGCAUUUUGGCGGGCAGGGUUGAUGGUUGUGGAUAUGGCACACACAAAAUCGGCGGACGUUGUAGCAUUUGAGCCCGUGUCCGAUUACAUCGUGGUGCAGUUGAAACCAGUGACGACGUUAUGCUUGUCGCCCUCUGUGAUGCCAGCGGCAGUUGGGGGGCGUCCAAGCCAUCGCGGGGAAACAACGUUGAUGGCAUCAUGCACGUUGCUAAUCAAGACUUGUGCGACAGAGCACUUGACGCUGGCAGCCCGCGUGCGACACCUUAAGGAGCAGCUCGAGGGGCCCCGGGCAUUUGCUGAAACGUUGGUAAUUGUCGACGGCUAUCGUCGCGACAAUGAUAAGUCAAGCUUUGGCAAGCCCGAGUUUUUCGAACCAGAGAAUGAGUUGGACGAAGAAUACAACGACGACUUGGACUCGUUCGUUGAUUCUACUCCACGGCCUAGCCUCGACACCCCACUGCAUCGUGAUACCGACAAGUUUGACUUGUGCGAUGGGGACGCGGUCACCGACGAGUUGUCCAAGUGUCUGGCUGUCUGCCAAGAACUGCAACAAGAGGGGUGGAUUGACAGAUACCUGCACUACCAGCCUACGUCAGCCGAAGUGGUGGCGCUCAAUUCCAAGUGGUUUGGACUGCACCAUAACAACCAAACGCAUACACGGACUCGCCGCGGGACGCUCGUGCAGGUGGCGUCGACGCUGGCAGGCCUGGAAGCGGCCACCAGUGAGUUUAUCCUCCAGGUCGACUCGGAUCUGAUGGUGGGGCGUCAUUCGUAUUAUCACUUGGACGACUACCUCGGGCAGGCCAUGGCUAUCUUUGCGCAGGACGAGCUCGCAAUAAGUGUGGCUCUGGACACGUUUCGCUCACAACCACAGGGUGGUGGGCGACAACUACCCGGGGGUCCAACGUGGUGCGACCCAGACACUGGCACCCCCCACCGCGUUGAAGUCCGCGGCUGUGUCUUUUCGAAAGCGCGACUGAUGUCCAAACUCCCUAUGCCCCGCCCCCUUGGCCCCACGUUGGCGUAUUUGAAAUCCACCACGGUGACCCAAUAUCAUUCUGUAUGUAAGGUUGACCCCCAGCACUGGCUACUGCCGUGGUACCGAGCGAUGGACAUUGCAAUGCAAGACAUCAACUGGGGCCGAUCGUAUCGCGUGCAUGACGGCACGACGUUCUUUGUCCAUCCCACAGACACCACCAAGGCCAGCACGGACAACUACGGCUUGGUACUGGAUUGUGUGGCAACGCUGCGACUUCCUUCGGCCCUUCAACAUGGGCACGUGGAUUGCCAGGGAGGGGUGCAAGAUUGGAUGAAUGCGUUGUCCAAACGACAUGAAGAUGUGGUGGUCGUGGUGCUGGGUCGCAAUGUGUCGCCGUCUAAGAUCAUGCGCUGCCUCGAUAGCAUUGCACGCCAACACAAGUGUCCACAAUGGACAGUGGGAGUCAUUGUCGUGGACGACGCGAGUUCAUCGCAUACAACGGCGGCGUUUCUACGGUGGUAUUGCCACCCUCAGAAAAACAAUGCUAGGCCCCCCGUGACCCUGAUCCAGCCGAGAUUUGAACCCCGAAAAGUUGGCGCCAACACUGUCUUGGCGGUAGAGUAUGUGUGUGCAAACCCCAUGUCAGUGGUCGUGACGUUAGACAUGGACGACUCGUUGCUUGGCAUGGAUGUAUGGACUACGCUGUACCGAUACUACAUCCAAGAGUACGCGGACGCGACUGUCGGCGGAAUGCUGCGAACCGACAAAAUCCAGCCCCCCACGUCGUACCCUGGCAUUUGCGUCAAUGGGGCGCGACGGCUGCGCGGCGGGGGCAACGUGUGGAUGCACUUGCGAAGUUUUCGAAAGUACUUGUUUGAUCGUAUCCUGGACCAGGACCUUCGCGAGCAUGCUAUACUGGACGCGACGACGUUGACUCGUGGUGACAAUGGUGGCAACCCGUACUUGACGUUUGGCUUUGAUUGGGCUAUGAUGUUGCCCCUCGUGGAAAUGGCAACGAAACCGACAGUGGUCCACGAAGUGUUAUACUUGUACGAACCGUUUGGCCCCCACAAAGCCGAGACGGAUGCGGUGGCAUUCCGUCUACUCGCUCGACCCGCUUACUCCAAACUCCGCCCCCUCAUAGCGGUCGUGGGCGAUGCCAAUCUCAAUGCCAGACACGCCGUGGUAGACUGUGCGUUCCCUGGUCCAAGAGCAUCGAGUGAAGCAACAGGUGCUGCGGAGAAGGAAGCCGUCUUGAUGGCAUUGGGCCAAGCGUUGGUGGACGCGGGGUAUACCGUUUUAUGUGGGGGGCUUGGGGGCGCCAUGUUGGCGGUGGCACGGGGUGCCCAUGCUUCGACCGAGUGGCAGGAAGGGCGCGUGGUGGGGCUUGUGCCUGGCACCGAUCGCCGCCAGGCCAACUCGUUUAUCGACAUGCCGAUUGCGACGGGCUUGGGCAUUGCUCGAAAUUGCCUCGUCGCGCAAGCCGAUGCGAUGGUCUGUGUGGGCGGCGGCAGCGGCACCCUGUCGGAGAUGGCGUUGGCGUGGUCUGCCGGUCGGCUCGUCAUCGGAAUGGAAAGUGCGUCGGGUGUUACCCCCCAGUUUGUGGGCAAGCCGCUGGACGGUCGACGGCGGUAUCCGGCCGAGGUGGUGCCACAUGACCAAGUGUAUCGAGCGAAGGACGUGGACCAAGUGAUCCAGCUGUUGCGUGCGUAUUUGCCACUGUAUGCCAAGAAGCGCCAACUGCCCAUGUAA